AUGCCAUUUCCUUUUCUUCUCCCGACCACCUCGAGUCUGUCUUUCACCGAGUACUUCAGCAGUAAUACGCACCCAUCACUGCCGCUAUGUGCUACGACGGCUCGAGGUGUCUUGCGCGAUUCCCUGAAGCGGUACAAGCGCAUACCUGAAUCGUCCCAACCCUCACACCUGCCUGCAGUCCUCUCCGCUCUCAACGCUUAUUUGCCAUACCUUUUUGCACUUGAUGCAGGAUUGAGCGGGACGAGCUGUGCAGGAGAAGAGAUAGAUUUGGUCUUAGUGAAAGAGCUAGAAGUGGAAUGGCGGACAACGCUCUCAGCCACACUCCCUGGACAAGAACCAAAACGUAUGAGAUUCAAGAGCUUGGAGAGUGAGUUGUUCUUCGCCCUUUCUACUUUGGCGGCGGUAUACAGUCUACAGGCUCGCGCACAGCUUCACGUCCUUUACAAUGCAACCCUGCCAACACCCGAGCAGAGAGCUACUGCUAUUACGACGGCCAUGAAACACUACCUAGAUGCAAACGCGGUGUACGCAUAUCUUGUCAAUAGAGCUGGUCAAUGGACCGCACAGCCAGUUGCCGUGGAUCUAUCCCUAUCGGUGCUUGGUGCUCUUGCUGAGCUGACAAUGGCCGAGGCUACCUUAAUCACAGUACUGAAAGACGAUCCCUAUCCAGCCGUCGUGAUUGAGGAUCGCAACAAGCAGAACAAGGACUGGAUGUUCAAAGGUGUCGAAGUCCCGAAAGUCCGCGCCCAUCUAUUUGCACGCCUCUGUUUGGCUUCGUCGGAGCAUGCCUCAAAAGCACAGGCUAUGUUAGGAGGAGCAUCCAAGGUGAACGAUUCUCUCGUCAACUACGUGGACGACCUCCGGAGAACAGCGAAAGGAAAGGCCUGUCGAUUCCUGGGGAUAGAUGCCGAACUUGCUAGCAAAACUGGCGAUGGCAUUGCCUGGCUUAUAGGAGCGAAGAAAGAAAUGGGAUUCGCAACACCAACAACAGAGGAGUCAGCAAAGGUUUCAGGAUUCUCGAAGUUCAAAAAGGAUUGGCAGGAAAAGAGAGAAGAUCGAAAGAUUGAGAAGGGAGCACGAUGGGGAACUGACGCUGGGAAAUUUGAAGAAGGACGGGUAAUCGAUAUGCUUCUGCAGAAAUGGACAAAGUUGAACGACACUAUGGGUAUGCAGCGUGUACCUGCAUCUGAACCUCUGUUGGCAAGCAUGCCUUCUGGUCGGGAAUACCAUACUCCCAAGAUCUUCAUCGUUCCGGCGUUGGACGAGGACUCGAUCGUUCGCAUGAGAGCCCCACCUGACCCCAGCGAUGCUACAUAUCGAGAAGAAGAAGACGAUAGCGCUGAUGAAGACAAUGAGGGCAGAGGUGCACCGGGAAUGUUCCCAGGCACAAAAGCAUCGUAUGCGGAAGGCUCGAGCUACUACUGA